AUGUCGCGGAGAAUACUCGGCGUAUUUUAUCUCGGUCUUCUUGAAUUGAUAAGGUCCGCCGUUUUCAUCGUAAGUUGUCUUAUUUUUAUAUUUGACUGGUUUCAGUUUUUCGGCUCUUCAAUAUGUGCUCAGAAUAUCCUAAAAAGGAAUCUGAAUGACAAUUCUGUCGUGUGCAUUGGCUGGGGAGUCGCUUACUUUAUAUCUUCGAUAAUUGCCAUAAAUAAACAAGGUAUGAUGAAUCCAUUUUACCGUCAACUUAUUAAAGGAUCAUCUGUGUUCUCAAUAACUGCGCUUUAUCAUUUUUGGAACAAGAAAAUAAGCAAAGGGGAGUUCUUCUUAUCCAUUAUUGGGCAAGUUGUUGGCGCUUUUGUAGGGGCGUGUUUGGCAUGGGCGUUGGUUUACGGUAUGAUUACACAGAAUUAUAAAGGAAUUUACAGAGGCUGUAUUCCAAUUGGACAAGGGGAAUCACAUGCUGACAGGUCCCUUGAGGACGGCUCAGAUCUUCGCUGGAUAUCCAAGUCUUCAUCAAUCUACGAUCAACGCAUUUUUUGCCGAGGUUCGUAAUUUUCUUUGACUUUUACAAAACUAUUCAAAAUAAUUCAGAUAGUGUCAUCAUUCUUGUUCGUGUUCAUUAUUUCUGUAGUGGAAAAUUCAGUUCGUAACGUAAUCUUGAGUAAAUUUAUUCAUGGAGUUACAUUAAUUAUAAUCCUUUUGUCUCUCGACUUCAACUCGACCACAACGAUAAACCCAGCCAGAGAAAUCGGAUCCCGGGCGGCUUCUUACAUUUUUGGAUACAAUGAGAAGGUGUUUAGGUAUGGAUAAAUUUUCUUUACUUUUGUGUGCAACUACACCACUUCAUUGAAAAAUUUUUCAGUUUCCGUUCCUCAAAAUGGUUACUCAUUGUGACCAUGGGACCAGUUCUUGGCUCCUUACUGGCAAUGUGCGCCUUCAAUCUGCUACGGCUUUGUUCAACAUCUAAAAAGGUCAAUAAUGUCAGAAGUAAAGGGACUCAAGCGUCACCUCAUGUAUAUGGCGUUCAUUUCGAUAAUCUUCACUCUCGAAUGCUAUAA